GUCACUACCACGAUGAGCGCUGCUACGCCGUUAUUGGAGACUAUCGAGCCAGAUGAACCCAGCGUCCCUGAGGUACCGAAGGGAAACAUACAGAACGCGAACGCGCGACAACCUGUCGUGCUGACGCCCACGAGUCGCGCGGAGGCCGCGCCCACCGACGUUGAAUCCGGACUCGGGGCUAUUUUCAGACAAUCUGCGCAUCCUGUCGCCCUUUUCUUCCUUUAUUUCUUUCGGAUAGCAGCCAUCACCGUAUAUAUCCUAGGUGGAACGUUCGGCAACUACGUGAUAGCUACCGUGGUAGUCGUCGUGCUGCUUGCUAUGGACUUUUGGAAUUGUCGCAAUGUUGCAGGGCGGACGCUUGUUGGGCUGCGGUUUUGGAAUCAAGUUGACGACGAUGGGGAGAGCUACUGGGUCUUCGAGAGCAGAGACCCGUCGCGACCCGCAAAUCCCAUAGACUCGCGAAUGUUCUGGAUCGCAUUAUAUGCGUUCCCUGUGCUAUGGGUCUUGCUGCUUAUCAUAGGCAUACUCAGACUUAACCUUUCUAUCAUCCCAAUCGUGAUCCUCGCUCUUAUUUUCAACGUGACCAAUGUGAUUGGCUUCACCUACGCCGACCGCGACGCCAAACAACGAUGGGCGAACGCCGCAUCCGGUGGCUGGAACAUGGGUCUGGGCGGAUUCGGCGGGCAAAUACUCGCAGGGGCUGUCAAGAACAGCGUAGGUCGGGUAUUUUCAGGUGCCAGAUGAGAUGGUUUGUAUGCGUAUCCUUCGGGUUUUGCUCUGUGUUUCGCUACCAUUCACCCAGAGGCAAGCUCAGUCGUGUUCACAUCCUCAGACUUCAGACAAUACAGCCAUUACAUUUCGG